GACAAAAUUGAAGUCCAGCUUUCUGAAGUUGCUUGUUCUCCACUGCUCCGUCUUCUUCUUCUCUCCUGGUCGCUCCGUCUUCUUCUUCUCUCCUGGUGAGGACCAAAGUAGACAUGGGAAGCGUCACCGAGGAAGAGCUGGUUCAAAUGGUGACAGACUUCAUUGAAUCUUCAGAGUCAGUUCCUGACUCAUUAUCUUCUCCCAAAUCCCCUCGUCAAUCCAAGUCUCUAACUCUACAGGAGAUAAUAUGGAAGGCAACAGAUCAUGAGAAUGAGAUACUUGACAAAAUAUCAAUUUAUUUGAGGGACCUAGAGAGUAUGAUUCAUCAACCUAAGAAUCUGAAGAACAAAUGGGUUGUGAUGAAACUGAAAAUGGAUGGUUAUGAAGCCUCUCUUUGUAAAACUUCAUGGGUUUCUUCUGUUAAACUCCCCGAAGUUUAUGAAUUUACAGAUGACUAUGAAUAUGUUGAUGUUAUGGUGAAGGACAACAAUUUACUCAAGGUGACAAGGUUAAUAGUGGACAUGGAUUUCAAGUCACAAUUUGAGCUUGCAAGACCAUCACCAAGCUACAAAGAGCUGAAAGACAUUUUGCCAGACAUUUUUGUUGGGACUGAAGAAAAGCUUGACAAAGUCAUAUCUCUGGUUUGCUCAGCUGCACAGAAAUCUCUCAAGAAAAUGGGUCUUCAUGUUCCUCCAUGGAGAAAAGCCGCCUACAUGCAAUCCAAGUGGCUCUCCAAAGAUUGCAAGAAAAUCUCAAUCUCACCCACAAACAUGGAAUUGGGUAUCAUCUCCCAAAUGCACUAGUUAGAAAAUGGGGCAGUUUUUUUUUUUUUUUUUUUAACUCUAGAGAAGAGGAACAAAUGGUAAAAAAAGAAAAAAAACAAAUGGUGGUUUUGACACCCUUUGAGUUUUGACUCAUGAAUUACCAUUUUGUUCCCUUCGUUUUUAUUUCUUUAACUUAAGGUCAAUUUUGUUCAGGCAGACCUCAAAGUUUUGUAUUUUCCUUUGUACCGAAAAAAAAAGUUUUGUAUUUUCCUAGCCAUUUCCUCGUCUGUGAACA